GCGUUCUUGGCAGAGGAGUCCCUACGAAAAGUCUUGGCUCAGGAGGAGGGGGCCGUGCCCAGCUGGGAGCUGCAGAUGGCGACCUCCGGGCGCAUGAACGCCCUCGAGGAGCUCAUGUCCUGGAAAAACUUACAGGGCGUUCUGCAAAAUGCCUCGGACUUCGUGGGCGAGCGGCCCGUGCGGGCAGAGCUGGGCUUGAGCUUGCUGGAUGGGGACCCGGGCGCCCGCGGCGCCCUGGACCUCCGCCUCCAAAAGGCCGCGGCGGCCUUGGCGGACGCGUCGCUUGCGGCGUCCGAAGCCUCGGCGCGGCAAGCGGCGCUGCUGGCGGUGCACGCGGCGGCCACCCGGAAGUGGGACGAUGCCCGGCGCCUGAUCUACCAAGGCUACGAUGCCUUCAGCGGGGCGUGGAACCGCCUGCCGCUGCUGGCGCAGCGGGCCCGGCACGAGCGGCUCUCUGCCCUGCCGCUGCUUCAGGGCCUGGAGCAGUUCUUGGAGACCCCCGAAGAGACGCAGAAGGGCGCGGCUUUGAGCCUCCAGCACGACCGCUUCAGCGCCUGGGUGGACCACGCCUUCGGCCAGGUGGCGCUGUGCCGCCUCCGAGGCGACGGCCAGGCAGAGGCCACCGCCUACGCGGAGCUGGGCAGGAGGUGCAUGGAAGCGCGGAAUUUCCAGGCGGCGCAGGACAUGAUGCGCCGGUGCCUUCAGAAGCGAAAGUUUCAGGACUACCGCUUCUUCGACAAUGUGCUGGAGCUGAAGCUCUGUCAAAAGGAGAAGCAAUGCCUUGAGCUGUGCUCCGUGGCGCGCAAAGAGCUCGGGAAGCACCAGGACCCAGAGACCUGCCUUCGUUACACGCUGAUUCUGGCCAAGAUUGCCAAGGCCGGCUGGGAGCGCAGCGAGAUGAACCACCAGGAGGCCUGGCAGGCGCUCAAGUCGGCGCGAGGUUUCGCCGAGAGCUGUAGCACCGCGGAGCAGAGCAAAACCCACGCCAAGCUGGCGGAGUUUGCAGACGCAGUGCUGCGGCGAGAGGAGGCUUCCGGCCUGUCAGCCACCAACGUGGAGCAGGUGGAGUUGGUGGAGUCAUUGAUCACUGGAGUGCUGACUGCCAUUUGCCUGGGCGAGGGAGCCGGAAGCACUGAGGCCUUCCGUCAAGCCCACGAGCGCCUGCCAAGGGUCUUUGAGUUGCUGGCGCUCUUCAAAGGAUGCAGUCACGUCUUUCAAGCCGGUGUGGUGUCUGUUCCAGCGUGGCCCUUCCUUCGGUGGCUACCACAGGCUUUGGCGCAUUUGCCCAAUGUGCCGGCCUUGCAAGGACCGUUGCAGGCACUUGCCAGCGAAUACCCACAGGCUCUCAUUUGGCCGCUGCAGCUUUCCUCCCAUCAGGAUGUCGUUGCGCAGCGCGGCUCGGCCUUCCAGCCCUUGUGGGCGGCACUAGAAAGAAGCCAGGCGCCGGUGCAGACCGCGGUCACCUUCACCCGAGCACUGGAACGUUUAACCCACCCGGAGAAGAGCUUUCCGCCGGAGCUGCGCAGCGUGCGAGAGGCCAUCCUGGCCCAGGAUGUUUCCAAAGCGAAGGCCAGGUGGCGGCACCUUUGGCUGCAACACGUGGAGGUGGAGUCCCGCGACAUCGCAGGGACAGUGCACACAGAGUUCGGCCAGCGUGUGCGGCAGCGUAUCCAGGACAUUGGGCGUAAGCUGGGCCUGGUGCUGACCUCCUCCGACCUCCGCGACUCGGAGCUUGUGCCCAGCAAGCGCGAGGCCUGGAUGAAGUUCUUCCAAGAGCUACAGCCGCCUGCGACCAGGCAAUGGCCGAACCGCAAGGCGCCGCUAGAAGCUUUCUCCCCGUGGCUGGCGAAGUUCGACGCACGGAACUCCUGGCUAGAAGCAGAGGAGCAACUGGAAGUCUUGGGGCAAUACAGGGGCCUGGAGCGUCCAGACCCGCAACGCCAUGCCCGAAUUACGCGAUUUGGGUCGCAGCUCCUCAUCAUGGCUUCCAAGCAGAUGCCAAAACGCUUGGUGAUACUGGGAAGCGAUGAGCACGAGCACUGGUUCCUCGUGAAGGGUGGUGAGGACGUGCGCCUGGACGAGCGGGUGGAACAGCUCUUUGGGAUCAUCAACAGCCUGCUACCCGACGUGUCCUCGUUAAGGUUUUUGACCGUCCUAAUCCCAAGCUUUUAUCACAAAGCGAUGGUCCUCCUCUUCCUGGCGACGCUUGUCGCGCGGCUGGGGUGCGCCUGGGCGGAGCUGGGCGAAUCCGUGCCCUCGCUCAUGGAGGGCCCUUGCCCUGCGGGCAAGGGCCGGCCGGUGCCGAACAGCACCUUGCCCGCAAGGCCCGUGCAUGCCCUGCCCGGAGGGUACCUGGAGCUCGGAGGGUCAUUCGAAUUGCCACCGCUGCCCUGCGGGCACCUUCUCCGGGCGGCAGCAGCUGCCGGCUUUGGCGGGCUGCGAGGAGUGCCCGGCCGGCAGGAGGGCGCGACCUCCAUGGAGGCGUGCCAGGCGUGUAUGGCCGGCACGUUCAGCGCCCAGCCGGGGAUCAGCGACAUCUACCAGUGCCUUCACUGCCCACAAGGCACCUGGAGCAACCAGACUGCUCUGGACUCGGAGGUGGCCUGCACCAGGUGCGAGGCUGGGCGGUUCAGCCAGGGCACGGCCCAAACCUCCAGCGACAGUUGCGUGGCAUGUGCGCCGGGUCGGUACAGCGGGCUGUCGGGCGCCUCCAGCCACCGGGACUGCGCACGCUGCGCGCCGGGGCGGUGGAGCUCUGAGAAGGCGGCCACCACUUUGGAGACGUGCCAGGAGUGCCCCGAAGGCACCUGGAACCCGGCGGAGGGCGCAAUGUCGCAGGAGAAUUGCAUUUCCUGCACCCAGGGCAGGUGGAGCACAGAGGUGGCGGCCACCGAGCAGAGCGCUUGCCAGAGCUGCCCCAUCGGCACCUUCAGCAUGCAGCUGGGCGCUUCCUCUUCUGACGUCUGCGAGGUGUGCGCGCCAGGCACCUACCAGCCGAUCAAGGCCGCUGGCAACGUCUCCCUGUGCAUCCCCUGCGCUGUAGGGAACUUCAGCGCAGAGCCUGGGAAGAGCGAGUGCCAGUAUUGCCCCUACGGCUUCUAUGGCGAUUCCUUCGGGAUGACAGAGUGCAUUGCGUGCCCGGGCAAUGCCACCAUUGUGAGCCAGGGUGCAUAUGAGAGCGUGAUGUGCAGCGAGGAGUCAGUCCUUCUUCCCUGA